GUAAAAAAUAAACGUGGAAAUAACAUUUGUCUUCUAGGGACAACGGAACUAGCCCCGCCUUCCGGCGCGCGGCGCUAGAGGGGAGGUGGUGGCGCAUGCGCAGUCAGAGUGGCACCCCCCACGUGUAUUAGCUGUGGGUGUGCGGCGCUCUGGACUCACUGGACGGCGAGCGGGAGGGACUCGGUGCGCCAUGGCAGGGAAAGCAUUUAGGAAGUUUCUUCCCCUGUUUGACCGUGUUCUGGUUGAAAGAUGUGCAGCUGAGACUGUAACCAAAGGAGGCAUCAUGCUUCCGGAAAAAUCUCAAGGAAAAGUGCUACAAGCAACAGUAGUGGCAGUUGGAUCAGGAUCCAAAGGAAAGGAUUUUUACAAUUGGCCUGAUGAAUCUUUUGAAGAAAUGGAUAGCACACUAGCUGUUCAACAGUAUAUCCAACAAAACAUAAGGGCAGACUGUUCUAACAUUGACAAAAUCCUGGAACCUCCUGAAGGACAGGAUGAAGGUGUAUGGAAGUAUGAACAUUUACGACAAUUCUGUCUCGAGCUCAAUGGACUUGCUGUCAAGCUUCAGAGUGAAUGCCACCCAGAUACAUGCACUCAGAUGACAGCAACUGAACAAUGGAUUUUUCUUUGUGCAGCCCAUAAAACUCCCAAAGAGUGUCCUGCUAUAGACUACACCAGGCACACGCUUGAUGGAGCUGCAUGUCUUCUGAAUAGCAAUAAAUAUUUCCCCAGCAGAGUUAGCAUAAAGGAAUCCUCUGUAGCCAAACUAGGAUCAGUGUGCCGUAGGAUUUACAGAAUAUUUUCCCAUGCGUAUUUUCAUCAUCGGCAGAUAUUUGAUGAAUAUGAAAAUGAAACCUUUUUGUGUCACCGGUUCACUAAAUUUGUGAUGAAAUAUAAUUUGAUGUCCAAGGAUAACCUGAUUGUACCAAUUUUGGAAGAGGAGGUGCAGAAUUCAGUGUCUGGGGAAAGUGAGGCAUGAUGGGAAUUGUGGUACAGAAAGCAACUGUACUGAACACACAAUUGACAUUAUGUACUGUAUAUAUCAUUUUAGACACUUCAAUCAUGUAUCCUUAUUAUAGCUUUGUUUAGUAUACUUUUUUGUAUGCUGUGUGCAUUGCCUUUUAAUAUGGGAAAUACUUUAAGUUAUUCAUGAACUGUAUAUUCAUCAAUGUGGCACUCAUGGUUUUUAAAUAAAAUUAGUAUUAUCUGUUUAUAAUACCUGUUAAUAAAAGAAUUACAGUUGUGUAAAAUUGCUGCUAAACAAUCAUUGGAUCACAAUCCUCAAAUGUGUCUGAUUAAAAAAGAUAAGUGAGACUAAGGUUUCACACAAGCCAUUUUCUAAUGAAAUAGUAAUGUUAGCCUUAGUUCUGAGUUUAAUACGUACCUUAAAUUUAGAAUCCUGCAGGAAGGUCCUUGUAAUGUAGCUUAUUCCUAAUUUUAGCUCUUACUUUUUUUCAAAGAAUUCAUUUAUUUCUAAGUUUUACUUCUGCUUUUGGGCGUGCGUAUAUAGUAUUAACUAUUCUUGUAUGUGUAUAUUCAAAUAUUAAACACAACUACAGUAUUAGUAAUACCAAAAGGAUAACUUUACUAUGCUACUAAAAGUAUAUUUUUGAUCUGUAUGAGAGAUAGUUGUGUACUUUCUGGACUUGCCUUUCUGUAACAGUGGAGGCCUGUCUACAUCAUGGAAGUGAUGUGUUGAGUCUUAAGGAAAGGAAAGAUUAUUUUUUCUUAUGAAAAUCCUCCACUUUCGUUCCUCCCAUGACUUCUCAAAAGAAUAGCAGUGGCUGAAAAUAACUUUUCCUCUUGGCUAUAGUAAGGUACUUAGUGGUUUUAUACCUGUGCAUAUCUAUAAUAACUGCUUACAGAUUAUACCUCAGUGUUCAUAUUACACUACAGAACAAUGUACUAGCAUAGUCUUGUUUAUAGUCUUAGUACAAAAAUUGAAUUCUAGCCUUGCAAUACUUUGAUUCAUGUGGAGAGUAUGAUUAAUAAUGUGCUUUCAUCCAUUCACCUGGAUUGUAUCCACUCUGAGGUGAAAUACAUCCAUAGUUGGAGUUGUUUGCAGAUUUGCAAUAACUCACAAGUUCCAUGAGUGCUGCUUAAUGGUGUUGAACUGUCCAGAAUUUGAUUAGAAUUAAAUGUUUUAAAGACUAUUCUAGCAGACUUAUUGUUAAUGGUGUACAUAAAUGAAGAGAGUCUAAAAGCACUAGCAGUGUUCUUAUAUUAAAUGGAGCUUGCCUAGAUAAAGUAAGUUUUGUGGCUUCUUCACAUAGUAGAGGGCCUGUUUAUGUAUUGAAACAGGUUAAAGUGUUGGCCUUAGUGGGCCAAGCCAUUUAUCUAAAUGAUACUUCCUCUUGAAGGUAUGCUUACCUGGGAAUGAGAGCUAAUUUAUUUUUAAAUAGUAAUUUCUUCAAAAUAUACUGAACAUGCCUUAAGUAGUUAAAUACAAAAUAUUACAAGUCAAGUAUACCCUAAGCAUUUAAACAAUGAGAACCUGGAGAGAUAAAGGUCUUAAAUUGCUUAUACAGUGCUGCCUUCUUGGGCACAGAUUUUUGUGUGUGUUCAUUUUUAAAAUUGUAUUUAUUGGUCAGCAGGGUCACUGCAUCAGAUGCAGUCUUAGUGACUAGCUUUAGCUAUUGUGUUUGCACACUUGAGGUUUAUCUUCUACAGGUCAGAUGACUUGAUUUGAUAUCUUUAAAUCUCUCCUGAGGGUAGAGGAUUACACUUUGGAGGUAAUAAGAUGUAUUUAGCUUUGUAGUAAUCUGCUGUUGCAAGAUAGACCCUAGUACAUUUCUGUUGUACAGCCACUUUAACAAACUUAUAUUGGCCUGGGACAGGCAAAAAGCUGGUGCUCUUCACUAUUAAACAUUUUUGGUAAAAUUGAAGAUAGUGGAGCAGUGCUCAGAACUUCAUUAAAAUCUUAAACUUCUCUCUUCCCCUUCUCUCAUGCUUUGAGUUCUAGUAAAAGCCUCCAGAACUGUUAAUCUUGUUUGUUCUCAUUCACAUAAUUAAUAUUAUGUCAUACUGUAAAGCUGCCUCAGUGAAACACUGCUUAUAUUUUCCUUGCUACUAUUUACGUGAGUGGUACCAUAAAACUUCACUUAGCCUAAGCAAACCAUUGAUUUGUUCAGUAAAUAUUUUUCCCUGAACGAUCUGUGUCUCUUCUGAUUCAUGGUUUGAUUUGUAUUACUUAGCCACAGUAAUUCUGCUAGUCAACAUUAAACAGAUACUAAGAGAUUUUAAUUCAAAAUGUCAUGCCAAUUGUUUGUUUGGACAAAGCAAAUCAGUAUUGAAAAUCAAAAUUCCAACUACCGCUUCCAUUCUGUGGACUAAGCAGCUGGGAAUUAUUAAAACAGCAACCUGACUCCUCUUUGCUCAGAAGAGCAAGUGUAUUAAAUAUAAAUAAAAUGUAACUAGUGUUUGAGAGAGAGUUUAGAAAUCUAACCAAACUCCUGCUUUGUUUUAUGCAUCAUAAAUUGUUAAAGGGAAAAAUAUAAGAGAUUUAAUCUUCUCCUGAGUGGUAUAAACUACUGUGGUCUAAGUAAGCCAAAACUUCGUCAGUUUUAGCCAAACAUAAUUAAGAAAAACUGAUAGCUGAAUUGGUGUAGUUGCCUCUAAGGCUGGGUCUACACUACCCGCCUGAAUCGGCGGGUAGAAAUCGACCUCUCGGGGAUCGAUUUAUCGCGUCCCAUCAGGACGCGACAAUCGAUCCCCGAAUCGACGCUCUUACUCCACCAGCGGAGGUGGGAGUAAGCGCCGUCGACUGGAAGCCACAGAGGUUGAUUUUGCUGCCGUCCUCACAGCGGGGUAAGUCGGCUGCGAUACGUCGAAUUCAGCUACGCUAUUCACGUAGCUGAAUUUGCGUAUCUUAAAUCGACUCCCCCCUGUAGUGUAGAUGUAGCCUUACACUAAGAAACUCCCAGUCACAAAUACAAAAACGAUCUCAACUUUACAAAGAAGCCACUAAAAAUCUGGUUAUGUAUGUAGCACCUGAACUGCAGGAGGUGUUGGGAUUUUUUUUUUUUUUUUUACACUUGCUGAGGUAUUUGUCAUAAACUGUUGUAGUGAGAAUGAAUCAGUUAUAUCUAUGUGAUGGACACAGUAGACCAGGGGUAGGCAACCUAUGGCACGUGUGCCGAAGGUGGCACAUGAGCUGAUUUUCAGUGGCACUCACACUGCCCGGGUCCUGGCCACUGGUCCGGGGGGGGGGCUCUGCAUUUUAAUUUAAUUUUAAAUGAAGCUUCUUAAACAUCUUAAAAACCUUAUUUAUUUUACAUACAAUAGUUUAGUUAUAUAUUAUAAACUUCUAGAAAGAGACCUUCUAAAAAUGUUAACAUAUUAUUGGCAUGCGAAACCUUAAAUUAGAGUGAAUAAAUGAAGACUUGGCACACCACUUAGGUUGCUAACCCCUGCAGUAGACUAUUGUAUUUAGACACACACAUUACCAGAAGCAGUGAGAAAUUGUAUAUGUGGACAGGAAAUAACUUAGGAAUUGGAAAGUGUAAGGUCUUGAGACGCUUAUGAACAGUAUAAUUAUAUCCCAAAACUCCACUUUUAAUAGUUUUUAGUGUAUUUCUGUUAUGGUGUACAGACAAGGUACCCAUUUGUAGCUCACAGAUGUCAAGUCAAAUUCCUGUUUUGAUGCUGUGUAAUCAAAUUAGUUACUUCAUUUUUGUUUGGAGAAUUAAUCCAUGUGCCAGUAAAUAAUUCAAGCUUGAUUCUUAAUACUAUUUCAGUAAUUUUGUAAAUACUGAACUAGUUCACGUAAGAGAACAUAUGUUGUAUAGCUGGUGAAGAUAUAAAUUGCACAAACAGGGAUACUGGAGUAUGAAUAUGAAAAAUAAGUGACUUGCCGCUAGGCUUAGUUUUCCUGACUAGGUUUGUAAAGCAACAAGAACUCGGUCUCUCAUAUUGAGAAAGAUGCUGUUUCUAGUAUUUAUAAGGAGUGGGUAUUCUCUUAAUGCAAUUGUCCCUUUUGGAAUCUAUCGCUUCAUCCAACGCCAAGAAUUUUCUAGUAUAUUUUUUCACUUUAGUGCAUGCAUGGCUGUAAGUCUCCUUACUUACAUGUGAAUGAACAUUAAAAUGCAAUAAGAAGCUAUUUAAAUGUGCCUAAUAAGUAUUCUCAAAAGGUAUUGCAUAGAUCCUACUCCUCAACCAAUACAGCUUCAGUUUUUCAAGGACAAUUAGACUUCUAGCUACAUGUGGUUGCAAACCACAAAGCUCUUUUUAUUCAGCAUUCUAAAGGACUCUGUAAACUUACUCAACAUAGUCAAUAAUACUGAUGAUGAGCAUUUUCCCCAUUGUUUCUGUUUGAUGUCCAAAAGCCCUCACACUAAAUGGGGGUUAAGUUUUUGUUUUAGGUACUUUUUUAAAGUUAGAGGAUAGAAGUCAGAUGCCUUUUUAUCCCACCACUGUACUCCUGUGUGACGAUGGGCAAAUCGCUUAUUUUCUGUGCCUGUUUUCCCAUCUGUAAAAUUGAGUUAAUUAUAUUCACCUCUAAACUACUUUGAGAGCUACAGCUGAAAUACUCUAUAGUAGUGCUAAGGAUGAUGAAUAUACUGAAGAUUUAGCUUAAGCCAGAGAUCAGGUUUGCUUGCAUAGGCCCCACCUGAAUGGCAGGGUUUUGUGUUCUCAGGUGCUGGCAGCCCGAGUACCAGCCUUCUGACACAUUUCCCUUCUAAAGAUGUGCCCAUCAACCUCUGCCUCAAUUUAUUGGUGAAAUGGAAAUAAAAUCUCACCCUACCUGA